AUGAACGGAAACCCCAGUGGCACUGCAGUACUCAAGAAAGAGCGGGUUCAAGAAUUGCCAUUAAAGGAAACAUCUCGUGAUGAAAAUAUUCAAUUGUAUCCAAUGCCGGAGUCUACACUCUGCACUUUCUGCAUGAGUGAGAAUAGUUGCAGGACGGUUCGAUCAAGGACAAAACUGAUGAACAUUCUCUUAGAAAGAGGGAAGCCUCAGGAAGCCCAAUCUCUUUUUAAUAAUUUGAUUGAAGCAGGACAUAAGCCAUCUCUGGUAACAUACACAACUCUUUUAGCGUCUUUGACAGUUCAGAAACGCUUUGACUACAUUCAUUCAAUCAUUCGUCAAGUGCAAGAGAGUGGGAUGGAGCCCGAUUCAGUUUUCUUCAAUGCUGUUGUAAAUGCAUUUUCUGAAUCUGAGAACAUGGAGGAAGCCAUGAAAACUUUAUUGAAGAUGAAGGAGCACGGGAUGAAACCGACUACUAGCACUUUCAAUACAUUAAUAAAAGGAUAUGGAAUUGCUGGAAAGCCCGAAGAAUCUUUAAGAGUAAUUGAACUGAUGUCCAAGGAAGAGAAUGUAGAACCCAAUUUAAGAACGUAUAAUGUACUUGUCAGGGCAUGGUGUAACAAAAAGAAUAUUAAUGAGGCUUGGAAUAUGGUUUAUAAGAUGGUAGCUGCGGGUAUACAACCCGAUGCUAUUACAUACAACACAAUAGCAACAGCUUAUACUCAAAAUGGGCAAAUGGAAAAGGCUGAAGAAAUGAUACUAGAGAUGCAGAAUAAUAAUGUGCAGCCUAAUGAAAGAACAUGGAGCAUUAUCAUCUCCGGAUACUGCAAAGAAGGUAAAAUGAGGGAUGCCUUGAGAUUUGCUUACAAGAUGAAGGAUCUUGGGGUGCGUCCGAAUCUUGUCGUUUUUAAUUCAUUGAUCAAAGGGUUCUUAGACAUUUCAGAUAGAGAUGGCGUUGACGAGAUAUUGACUUUGAUGGAAGAAUUUGGAGUCAAGCCAGAUGUGAUUACUUUUAGCACCAUUAUGAAUGCCUGGAGUGCAGCAGGCUAUAUGGUUAAGUGCAGAGAAAUUUUCAAUGACAUGGUAGAAGCGGGCAUAAAACCCGAUGUCCAUGCAUACAGCAUUCUCGCCAAAGGUUAUGUUCGUGCCUUAGAGCCGGGAAAGGCCGAAGAACUCCUGACUGCCAUGAUCGAAUCCGGUAUUCGCCCAAAUGUAGUGAUCUUCACCACUAUCAUAAGCGGAUGGUGCAGUGCUGGCGCACUGAACUCUGCAAUGAGGGCGUUUGAGAAAAUGUGUGAAAGCGGAGUAUCUCCAAAUUUGAAGACUUUUGAAACCUUAAUCUGGGGUUAUGCAGAAGCCAAGAAGCCAUGGAAAGCAGAAGAAACCAUCCAACUCAUGGAACGAUUCAAUGUUCGACCUGAGAAAAGUACUUUUCUGUUGGUUGCAGAAUCAUGGCGUGCUGUUGGAUUAACUAAAGAAGCUAAUAGAAUAAUGAUAAGUUUUAGGAAGCAAAACACAGUGCGUCCACAAGAAAUGCUGCCAGAGAUACCAGUCGAGAGCUUAGAGAAUAAUUAUCAAAAAGAAGCAGAUAAUGUUACUUUUUCGAGAUUACAGAUUCCUAACGGGAUUGUGAGUGAUCAAAAGGGUUCGGCUGCUCCUAUGAAAAGAAGUCGAAUGGUGUUAAGGGAAGCCGAGUUCUCAUCCGAGAGCUUGUGUGCUGCUACUAAAACUAUGAACCUGACUUUUAGGCUUCGGGAACGAGCUCCGAUUGUUUGCCAGAGGCAAUUUCAGGGGCAGCUCUACAUGUCCAGUCAGAUUGCACCCUUAUAUACAGACGAUAAUGCCAUCUAUGCUCCAAUAGAAACUGCAUUUCUCGGGAGAAUUAGCCAUGAAACAAGGUUAGUCCCGGCACCUGUCAAUGCGGUCAAGAGCGAUCUGUCAUCGGUUAAUCUAAACCAAGCCUCAGUCAAUCUUGUGCAAGGGCGAAAGUCCAAUAGUUACACAAGUGGAAGGUUUGGCUACGAUGGAAGAAAUGCUAGUUACGGAGGUAGGGGCAAAUCAAGUGUGAACAAAGGCCAUGUCAAACAUCCAUCAACAAGGGGUUCGACUAGGUUUUUGCAAAGAGGCAUUGCUAUGCGAUGA